AUGGCCGACCUUCAAGAUGAAGAGGUGCAAGAGCGCCUCAAAGCCGCCCUCUGGUUCUCCAUCGGGAAGAUUGUCGACCAAGAAUCCCUCCAGCGCAACCGCAACGCCACCCCGCAGUUCAUCGGCGCCCUGACCGACAUGAUCUGGCACCAGAUAGAGAACGUAGCCACAGAUCUGGAAAGUUUCAGCCAACAUGCAGGCCGCACCACCGUCACGACCGACGAUGUGCUCCUGUUGGCCCGGCGUAACCAGGACCUGUACUCGGUUAUCAAAGAUGUUGUUGACAAGGAGAAGGCGGCUAAGGCAAAGGGGAAGGGCAAGGCGAGGAGCUGA